AUGCUUUCUAUCAUUGGCAGCACCGCCUCUGUGGGCCUUGCAAGAACGUUGGCCAGUCCAAAUCUCUACAACUUGGCCAGAAUGCAACAUCCAGUAAUGAGGUCGCUUUCCACAUUCAGAAGCCAAAUGAAGAAAAACACACAGCCUGUUUCGAUAAGCGCUGCCAGAUACCAUCUGAUGCGUAACUAUCCACACAGAAAACGGGGCGGUAGACUCCGCCCUUUAUUUUUCAUGUUCCUUGCCUCUUGGGGACUCCUUCUUUUCGUCACGUCUAGGGUGGACAGAAAGGCUCCAAAGACAUCCUUUUCGCAGAGAGAGUACGAGUCAUACGAAAAGGAGUCCGGGUUGAAACGUAGAACCAAGUUGAUUACCCCAGAAUUGAAGGAGAGAUACAAGUUUUUCGCCGUGCCAUUUUCGUCCGACGAUAACAAGAGCACCCAGGCGCUCGCCAAGGCUUUGAAUCCUACCAUCCCUCAAAAAGUGAUUGACCCGGCUGCUCUCGUGCACAAGGAGAUUGCAGAGGAGGGUAAAUACUCGUACUUGUUGGAAGAAUUGAAGGCCACUGGCCGCCAGUUUCCCCCUGGUUUGGUCACCGCUCUUGUCAAGCAAGAGAUCCAGUUGUUUACCAAUACUACCAAGGGCCAAUUUGAGACCAAUAUUGUUUUGUUGAACUACCCGCAGACCACCGAGGAAGCCAUCAAGUUUGAAAACGACGUCUCCGACUUCGAAGCCUGCGUCGUUACCCCUGAAGACUAUAAUAGAAUCAGCACCGAAGCAGAUGAGAGCACGAAACGUAAGAUUGAUAACGUCUACGGAUACUUCGAUAUUUUGAACAAGUUCAAGAAGCUAGGCCAGGGUGUGUUGGAGUAG